GUGCGUGUUUGUUUUCGUAUUCUUUCUGAUGCUUAUGGUCGCAUAGAGUGUUUCUUGGUGGCAUCUUUAUUCCGUCCCUUUCUUUCUCCAACCAACUUUCUCUUCUCCUAUUCUUUCCUUUCCAAUUGUUCUUCUAUAGAUUCACCCUACAGCUCCUAAAAAGUCUUCCUUUUUUCUAUUAUCAACCCACCUUUCUGCUUUCGGACACUUGAAAACGUAGAAGAAUGAACUCUUUCAAUUCUGUAACUGGUUUUGUCUUGCCAGACCAGAAGAAUAGGUUGUUCCUUUGGAGUUUUCUCAUCGUGGUUUCUUUGAUUUCUGGUGCUUAUUUCGUUGGCAAUGCAUUCUUUGCAAAGGAAUACAAACAAAGAUUAGCACGAUGGAGACUAAUUCAUAGAAUGCCGUAUUCAAGAUCCUAUGCAUGCAAGAGACAAUGCUGGUCUUUUGGAAGUGAGGUAUUGCCUGAAGGAAUUGUUGCUAGAACAUCAAACUUGGAAAUGCGGCCCUUAUGGGACUCUGGUAAAGAUAAUAGAAUUUUAAAUCGCCCAACAAAUUUGUUGGCCAUGGCAGUAGGACUUAAGCAAAAAGAAAUUGUCAAUAAAAUUGUUGAAAAGUUCUUGUCAAGUGAUUUUGUUGUGAUGCUUUUUCAUUAUGAUGGUUUUGUGGAUGGAUGGAAGGGUUUAGCUUGGAGUAAUCGUGCCAUCCAUAUAUCUGCUAUUAAUCAAACAAAAUGGUGGUUUGCAAAACGGUUUUUGCAUCCAGACAUAGUUGCUGAAUACAAUUAUAUAUUUCUCUGGGACGAGGACCUUCUUGUUGAUAAUUUUCACCCAAAAAGGUAUUUAUCCAUUGUUAAGGAAGAGGGACUUGAGAUAUCACAGCCAGCAUUGGAUCCAAGCAAAUCAGAAAUACAUCAUCCACUAACAGUUCGUAAAGCAGGAUCAAAAGUGCACAGAAGGUAUUAUAAGUAUAAAGGUAGCGGAAGGUGUGAUGACAACAGCACAGCUCCUCCUUGCAUAGGUUGGGUAGAAAUGAUGGCACCAGUGUUUUCUAAAAAAUCUUGGCAAUGUGUAUGGCAUUUGAUCCAGAAUGACUUAAUCCAUGCCUGGGGCCUGGAUAGGCAGCUUGGCUAUUGUGCACAGGGUGAUCGAACAAGAAAUGUUGGUGUGGUUGAUUCUGAGUACAUAGUUCAUCUUGGUCUGCCUACUCUUGGGGGCUCAAAUGGCAAUGAGGCGGCACCAGCUUCCCAUGGAGAUAAUGGCAGAGCUAAAGUUAGAAUGCAGUCAUACAUUGAAAUGCAGGUUUUUCGGAAAAGAUGGAAAGAUGCAGCAAAGAAGGACAAAUGUUGGAUUGAUCCAUAUGAACAACUGGUAAACCAGACAAGCCAUUAGUCUGUUUUGUGAUCAAAAUACAAAUUCAGUGUCCAUGUCCAUAGUCAGCGUUUCAAAUUGACCCAAGUCACAUUUCAUUCGAUUUUGGUGAAUAAAACAUAUGAUUGGUUUUCGGUCUUAGUUGGAGCUUUUGGGUUUUGAUUGGUAUCUCAUGAGAGUUUACAGGAACAUUGUUCCGUUUGUCUUUAUUCUACCCGCGUUUUGUGAAAAAGCCGUUCAUUCCAGCAAAUAUUGGUGUACAUAGGGUGGUAUAGAGGUGUUCCUAUGACAGCAGAAAAGUGUGUCAUGGAAUUUUUUCCCUGUGAAGGUCAAUGUACAUAGGUUACAUGUCUGAAAAAUGUUACUCUUCGGAUAAUUCAAAUUUUCUCGGCUCCAGUUUGUACU